AUGCCUCCAUCGAAUGCUCACAAGAAGAUGACCAUGAGCUGCCUCGUCGUCCUGGCACUGGCACUCGCGGCCACCGUGGGCGCGCAGGAGUGCAGGCGGAGCGGCACGCUCCGGCCGAGCGAGGGCCACUCGUGCGAGGACUGCUGCGAGGCAGGGAAGGCGUACCCGACGUACCGGUGCUCGCCGCCGGUUGUCGCCGGCGCCACCAGGGCCAUCAUGACGCUCAACGACUUCGACGAGGGCGGCGACGGCGGGGACCCGUCGGCGUGCGACGAAGUCUUCCACCCCAACUCGGAGCGCGUGGUGGCGCUGUCCACGGGGUGGUACGCCGGGGGCUCCCGCUGCGGCGACCGCAUCUGGAUCCGAGCCAACGGCAGGUCCGUGCUCGCCAAGGUCGUCGACGAGUGCGACUCCCUGAACGGGUGUGAUGACGAGCACGCCUUCCAGCCGCCGUGCCGCAACAACGUCGUCGAUGCGUCCCAGGCGGUGUGGGACGCACUCGGCAUCACCGGCGAGGAGGUUGGUGAGUACGGCAUCACCUGGUCAGAUGCAUGA